UGGCAACUGAACUGAAAGAACAGGAAGGAGCCAUUACUGUGAUUUGGUGAUAGUUCUUCAGACAACUUAAAGCUGGAUAAAGAACUUCUGAACUUUUGGGUUCAUUAAGUGAAAAACCAGCAUGGCUCAGUCAACAGUAUUGACCAUCCCCAGUGAGCCGAGUUCUGUAUUAAACACCAGGGGGAGAUCUAGAGGAAGGAAAGGAGACAGGCCUCCCUGCCUUCAGGGAGCUUCCAGUCAAAUGAAGGAGGCAAGUCUUCUGGCUUGUGAAGGACUAGCAGGUGUGAGUUUGGUUCCCACUGCAGCCAGCAAGAAGAUGAUGCUGAGCCAGAUUGCCAGCAAGCAGGCUGAAAAUGGCGAGCGGGCAGGUAGCCCUGAUGUGCUGAGAUGCUCGAGUCAGGGCCACCGAAAAGACAGUGAUAAAUCCCGGAACCGCAAAGACGAUGACAGCUUGGCUGAGGCUUCUCAUUCAAAAAAGACUGUUAAAAAGGUGGUGGUAGUGGAACAAAAUGGCUCUUUUCAAGUAAAGAUUCCCAAAAAUUUUAUUUGUGAGCACUGCUUUGGAGCUUUUAGGAGCAGUUACCACCUCAAGAGGCACAUCCUUAUCCACACGGGUGAGAAACCAUUUGAGUGUGAUGUAUGUGAUAUGCGUUUCAUCCAGAAGUACCAUCUUGAACGCCACAAGCGUGUACAUAGUGGUGAAAAGCCUUACCAGUGUGAACGAUGUCAUCAGUGUUUUUCUCGGACAGACCGACUACUCAGACACAAACGAAUGUGCCAAGGAUGCCAGUCCAAGACAUCUGAUGGGCAAUUUUCUCUAUAGACACAGGAGCCCUAGGUGGUGGGAGUGAUGAGAGGAGUCCACCAAAGAGCACACCCCUCUCUACUCUGAUGGUCCCACCACCGCUCCCUCUGAACCUGUCCCCUUCCCAGAGGAGUGGCCCCAGGUGAGCAGAAGACAGCAUCCGAGGACAGCGGCUCCAGAGCCUCAGCUCUGUAAAUAGUCUGUGACUAUGCGUAUCUCGGGAAAGUUCCUACGGCGUUCCUGGGCAGAAGAGCUGGUCCCUGAACCCUUAGCUGAGGUCAUAGGUAGGGACUCAAAGGUACAGGACCAAGACUGAAGUGUUCCCACAACCUUGGACUGGAACUGGCAGCUGAAAUGAAAGGACUGAGGAGGGCAUUUGUUUGCUCUGCUCUUGUUUUUGUUUGUCCAAAAGCAAUUACAGCAGGUAAACAGGGGACACAGGUAAUCUGGAGACGCAAAGUCCUUAAGCAAAGCAAGGACUGUGGCUGGUCCAGCCGUUUUUUGUUACCGUAGGCCUUUGGUGUUCCACAGCCCUGUUUGGAAGAAAAUAGGACCAGGGCUGGCAGCUAAGCUUACUUGGACUUCUUAUACACUGUGAGGACAAAAGGAGAAAGGGGGGAGGCUGAUGGGGUUGGACAAGAAGAGGGCAUACCUUUUUAUCUCCUCAGGAAGAGCAGUGUUGUGCCCAUGGGUGUCCUCAUGGUUUGUGCACCACCGAUGCCUGGCGGGGUCAGCUCAAGUGCCUUUUGGAGGAAACUUGGGUGGGGUAGCCCUGCAGCCUUUUGUUCUGGGCAGUCGGUCUUGGUCAUGGUUUGUGGCUACCUCACUGUCCUUGACCCUAAGACCAGGCAGCAGUUGAACAGGGAGUUGUGGGUGUCAAAGUGGGCUGUCCCCACUUGUGCCAUCUUAGAACAACCAAGAGUAGUGCAAAGUUUGCCAACAACUGUUAGAGGAGCAAGCUGGUGGCCCUGAUGUGACUUGUGUGAUAGAGCCCCUCCCUGCCCAAGUCCUGUGACUGUAUCCCAGUAGUUGGAGUGGAAGUCUGGUCUUCAGUCCCAAAGAACAUGAUUUUGGCUUCCUCUUUGAUAGGCAUCCCUAACCAACACGGUGGAGGCGGAGGGCUGCAGCAGAGGAAGGACACCUGAUGUCUGUUUUAUUAUUGACCUUACUCUGUUCCAGACCACCAUCUUGUCUACCCUGAAAAAGUGACGAGGUGUGUGUCUCUGUCUGAUUUGUCAGUGCUGUGUGUGUUUGCUUGGAAGGGAUGAAAAUUGUUGAGCCAAAUUUAUUCGGCCACCAACUUAGAGGACAGAAAGCAUAGAGCAGCCUCUCUGCCCAGACCGGAAGGGUGCCUGCCUCCCACAGGUUGCUAAGAACAAGAAAACUGAGGGGUUUUGUUCCAGAAGGAUUUUGGGGUUUUUGUUGUUGUUGUUGUUGUGUAGAUGGAUUGAACAGUGUGCUGCUUAGAGUGUGUCUAAGCCAAGGCUUAUGGACAUGUAUGUUGUAAAGUAAAAUAACUCCCUUCCCGAUAAAGAAAGGAUCCUCAAGGGAGGUUUUGAGAUUCCAUUGAGCACUACCCCACCCCAGGGGACCUACUUCAGGUGUAAUCAUUGAGACUGACUUGAGCACAUACACAGCUCCGUAGCUGUGAGUAGGAAUCAGAGAUGGCAGCCUCCAAGAAGUCCUUGCCUAGCAAAGAGGGCCGGGCAACAACAUACUAUUGGCUGUGGCCUCUUCCAGUGUGUUGAGGGACGGUACCUCAUACCUCUCGGGUUGAAGUACUUCAGGGAAAAAGAAGGGAAGAUGUUGCAACCUUCAGUGUGACUCUCACAACACCUGAGAGCCUUGGGUGAAGUGUCUAGGGACUGCUCACUGCCGUGUGUUCUAGCUCCAUGCUGUCCUACUGUUUGACACGCUCUAGAACCUGCACCUCAGUGCUUAUCCACCAUGUGGCCCUGCUCAUUUUCGUGCAUACAAAGCAGAUCCUUUCCAGUUAGAGGGUUCUGCUGGGCUGGGAUUUUUCUGUCAUUCAACUCUGGAAAAGGAUACAUUGAGAAAGAUACCCUCCCUGAAAUGCUUUUGGGAGUGGGAACCCUCCCUGCUGCUUGAAGAUGACCUGUUUGUGGGGAGAGGUAGAACAGUGACCCAUGUUUCUACAUGUAUGAAUGUAUGUACUGGGUCAGGUGGCCCUGCAGACCUUGGCUUCCUCCUGAGUGGAAGCUGGGAGGAAGAGAACUUGGGAAUGUAUGUACAGAUGAUUCAACCAGAACCACACUGCCAAGGCCUGGGUGUGAGAAUCUCAGACUGGCAGUGUGGUUGAGAACAGACAGGCUCUGGGGUGAAGAGUAAUAGGACACCCAAGGGCCUAGGAACCACAUCUCUACCCCAGGGAAACCAGAGACAGCUACAAAGGCUCCUGGGCCUGACGCUGCUCCUCUUCUGAGGUGGCAUGUUAGCACUGGACAGAUGUCUCAGGUGUGUGUAGAAAGGGGAAACGAAGAGGGGGCAGAUGCUCAGAUCAAAAUGUGAAUGUGGGUUUGGAUGGGGAGAGUCAUUGCAGUCCCUGGGUGGGCGCCUGUCCUUCCAUCCAUCCCCACCAGCCUCCUGUCACCACUUAGCUACUGAUUGUGCUCCAUGGCUUGACACGGAGGCUUAGAUGAGUGGAGUUCCGCCACAGUGUCCCUCUCCCAGUUCCUUCUGCCUCUGCUGUGGCCCUGGGCUUUUAUCUUCAAUUCCCUCCUACCAUGCUCCACUUUUUUUUUUUAAAUAUACUUAUUUUGCUAUGGGGGAGGGGACUAUCAAAUGAACAAGAUCACUUUUAAAUGGUAGUUUUUAUAAGAUGUUAUAAACUUGUAUCUUUUUACCAUUAAAGUGCAGUGUAUGUUCCUUCGUGAUAUAUUUAGGAUAUUUAAAUAAAAUGAAUGGCGCUUUUCUACAUUCCA